GCAUUUCAUGGUCCGUCAUUUUCUUCCGAUCUCUUUCUUUUUUUUUUUCCUCGUCUGGAAAAGAAAAAGAGAGAAACUGCGAGAAAAUAGAGAGAAGGUGAGAGAAGGAGAGUGUGCUUGGGUGGAAUAUCUUUGAUGUAUGACUGUAUGAGCACGUACGCGUAGGUUGCGAUGGAUGAUGAUGAUGAAUCGAGAAGCUUUCAUUUUCCAUGAAGGCUGUUGCUAAUAAGCGAUUUAGGUCAUUGGAUCGGUCUUUGACCCAUUGAAUACGUGUUACUUGGUUAUGAAUUUGAUCGGAUAAUGAACGGCAUCGGCGGAGAGGAGGUCACGGCUCGGGCGGGGCCGGCUCGGCCGCUGGAGUGGAAAUUUGCGCAGGUGUUUGGGGAGCGGGCGUUUGGGGAGGAAGUUCAGGAAGUUGAUAUCAUAUCAGCUAUUGAGUUUGAUAAAACUGGGGACCAUCUUGCUACUGGAGAUCGUGGGGGUCGGGUGGUUUUAUUUAACAGAACUGAUACGAGGGAUCAUGGUGGGAAUCGAAGAGAUUUAGAGACGGCGGAUUAUUCACCAAGCAGGCAUCCUGAGUUCCACUAUAAAACUGAGUUUCAGAGCCAUGAACCAGAGUUUGACUAUCUCAAGAGCUUGGAAAUUGAGGAGAAAAUCAACAAGAUUAGAUGGUGUCAGACAGCUAACAGCGCACUGUUUCUUCUCUCCACUAAUGAUAAAACCAUCAAAUUCUGGAAGGUCCAAGAGAAGAAGGUCAAGAAAGUAUGUGACAUGAAUGUUGACCCUUCAAAAGCUUUGGGAAAUGGUAUUGUUUGUUCAAGUAUAUCAACAAGCUCCAAACCAUGUAUUGCAAAUGGAGGAUGUGUCAACAGAACCUUCAAUUAUUUGAGCACUGACUUUUCAUUUCCACCUGGGGGAAUACCAUUCCUACAUUUGCCCAGGGUGAUGAGUCAUGAGACAAGCUCAGUGGCCAGGUGUCGGAGAAUUUAUGCUCAUGCCCAUGACUAUCAUAUCAAUUCCAUUUCAAAUAACAGUGAUGGUGAAACUUUUAUAUCAGCUGAUGAUCUCCGGAUAAAUCUCUGGAACUUGGAAAUUAGCAGUCAAAGUUUCAACAUUGUUGAUGUGAAGCCUGCAAACAUGGAGGAUCUAACUGAGGUUAUAACUUCAGCAGAAUUUCAUCCUUCCCACUGCAAUAUGUUAGCAUAUAGUAGCUCAAAAGGCUCAAUCCGUCUUAUUGAUUUGCGGCAAUCAGCUUUAUGUGAUACACAUUGCAAAUUGUUUGAGGAACUGGAGGCACCUACUUCAAGAUCUUUUUUUACAGAGAUAAUUGCCUCAAUUUCUGAUAUAAAGUUUUCAAAGGAUGGAAGACAUUUACUUAGUCGUGAUUAUAUGACACUUAAGUUGUGGGACAUAAAUAUGGAGUCUGUGCCAGUCGCAACUUUCCAAGUUCAUGAGCAUUUAAGACCUAAGCUGUGUGAUUUAUAUGAAAAUGAUUCUAUCUUCGACAAAUUUGAGUGUUGUCUGAGUGGAGAUGGACUACGAGUGGCGACUGGUUCCUACAGUAAUCUAUUUCGUGUAUUUGGUUGUUCUGAAGGCAGCACAGAAGCCACAACUUUGGAAGCCAAUAAAAAUCCCAUGAUGAGGCAAGUCCAGACCCCCUCAAGGCCUUCUAGAUCCCUGGGCUCUCUAUCUCGUGUUGGCAGGCGAGGAACGGAUAGUUCUGGAGCCGACACAAAUGGAAACGCUUUUGAUUUCAUGACAAAGUUGCUCCAUUUAGCCUGGCAUCCAACUGAAAACUCCCUAGCUUGCGCCACUUCAAACAGCCUGUACAUGUACUAUGCAUAAAGAUGGUCUUGGAAAGAUUUAUGUAAUUUUGCGCGGCAAAGCCCGGACUUUCCAUUGCCUCUGGCAAAGGCUGCUUUGCCUUCUUCACCAACCAGUGACGUGGAAGCUGCCUCAUCAUCCAGGAUCUCGACAAUCCACUGGAAGCCUAGCAUGUCCUCCAAGAAUUGAACUUGGCUUUUGCUCAAAGGGUGGCAACACAUUUAGUGGGAUCGUGCUCUCUCAUGAGAGAAGAUUCAUGCAGUUCUGUCCUCAUAGUGUUCUGUUUAGGUCAAGAAAUUGUGAUUGAUAGUAUCCAUUCUUCCUGCAACUGAAAAAAAGCUUGAGCUCGAGGUCAAUGGAAAUCUGAAUCCAGGGAAAGGAGCAAGUGUGGUGCAUCAAUUCAAUUGCACCUGUGGCUUGCAAUUUGUAUUAUUUUGAUGGCUUGUAUUAAAUUUUAUCAUGUUCAUUAUAAUCUUCCAUCCCAAACUUUUCUCCUGUUUCACUGGUUUGUUAUGACCUUUGCCAAAUAAUAGUUACCCCGUCUGGCUGAAUCUGAACUGAAGGCCUUACGCAUCGAUUUUUCAGACUC